UUGAGAAUAGAUUUUGAUAAAUGAGAAAGAUAGUGGUAUGAAUGAUUCAAUGUAUAUAUAUUGGAUCAAAGAGGUUAGAGAUCAAUUACCUUCUGUCAUUCUAAAAAUCAACAAAACCAAUGUCUCAAUCCUUAAAUCAGGCGGCCAUUGAUGAAGCAAUUGCACUAGGAAUAGAUUUGCAGUUUGAUGAUUUAUACCUAACGAUUAACGACCCGGAUGAUAUCGCAUUGAAAAUCAAACAAAAAGAAGAAGCGCUUUCCAUACAAGCUGAUGAAGAAUAUGCAAAAAUGUUGCAAUUACAGGAAGAUGAAGAAUUGGCAAAAAAUUUGCAUGCCAUGGAAGAAAACCCUCCAAACAUUCCUCAGCCUGAUGUUCCUUCGACUAGUAGAGGAACUAGUGGCCUUAACGAUGGUGAGAGGCCUCAGGAUCAGCCUACCCUUGUUGCUAAUCCCAUAAAUUCAGAAUCAAAUAAUUUACCUAAUCAAACUGCUAUUGAGAACAACGAUCCCGAAAAUGGGUUAGGAGAAUCAACCGAGGAAGUCAGUAAAGAAGGAUUACCAGAAAAUAUAAUCUCGGGAUUACCAACUCAAAAGUACAGUCGCAAAACUUGGUGGUGUUCAAAGAAAACUUUUGUUCCCGAUAAAAAAGAGUGUUCCAUAUGUAUAGUCGACUAUGAGAAGGGAGAUAAGAUAACUAUCUUACCAUGUAAACAUGCCUUCCAUAAGGAUUGCAUUUCAAAUUGGUUAAAAGAAAACAAGGUAUGCUGCGAAUGCCAAGCCGAGGUUGUUCCAUAAUGCUAAUUCUCAUGGGAUAAUAAUGAUUUAACACUAUAUUAAGCUAGGGUUUUGUAAUAAUGUUCUAGCAAUUUCGUGAAAAUUUAAAAUCAUUUAAAAGAGCAA